AUGUAUAACUCAGACCAUUCUGAAUGCACUCGGUUCCCGCAGAUCAAGUCGCCGUACAGCCCUACCUCGCAGCCGCAUCUCACAGCGGUCCGACAACUCUACUCAGGAGUGUCGUCACUGGAGGCGGCGAAGGACUUCACAGUAGACGGUCUCACCGGCUACAACGGCAAGAAGAAGAAGAAAAAACGCAGACACAGCAGGACGAUCUUCACGUCGUACCAGCUGGACGAGUUGGAGAAGGCGUUCAAGGACGCACACUACCCCGACGUGUACGCGCGCGAGAUGCUCUCCCUCAAGACCGACUUGCCUGAAGACAGAAUUCAGGUGUGGUUCCAAAAUCGUCGGGCGAAAUGGCGCAAAACGGAGAAGUGUUGGGGCCGGUCGACGAUAAUGGCGGAGUACGGGCUGUACGGAGCCAUGGUGAGGCACUCGCUGCCGCUACCGGAGACCAUCCUCAACAGCGCCAAGGAGAACGACUCGGUCGCGCCGUGGCUGCUCGGCAUGCACCGCAAGUCGUUAGAGGCGGCCCGGCACCUGAAGGAGUCGGGCUCGGAGCGCGAGGGGUCGGAGCCGGAACCUGACCGCGCCACCUCCGCAUCACCGCACCACCACGACAACCAGGCGCAGAGUUCGCCAGCCAGCAGCACGACGGCGUCGUCGUCGGCCAAGGGGCGCGCGUCCCCCGAGCCGGGCCGGGAGGUGUACGAGGACCCCGAGGCGUUCCGGAACAACAGCAUCGCGUGCCUGCGGGCCAAGGCGCAGGAGCACCAGGCCCGGUUACUAAACAAUAACCUACUACUACAGAUUCGGGACUUGAGUAACGGCUUCGCUGUCCACGGAAGCCUGUCCACCGGCGCUGUUGACAUGAGUGGUUGGCCGCAGGUGCGCGGGCUGGCGCGCACGCCGGCGGGCGCGUGCGAGGAGGAGGGUCCGGGCGACAUCGACGUGGGCACGGAGCCGCCGCCGCUGGCUGCGCCCGCGCAUCACCACCUCUACUGACGCGAGCACGGACUCGGCCCAGUGUCACGAACUCAAGUGUAAUUAUGUACAUUGACGUAUUUAAAUGUCUCGUUUUCGUGCAAUACAUUUAGUUAAGUAUUUAUCUAUGUAGCCGGUGUUAGACGAGUUGUAUAUACCCCGUGCACUUUGCACCAUCAGUUCGAGCUGACAGUUUUGUGUCACUUUUAAAGUACCGAGGUUGGACAUUAACUUUAUCAUCAAGACUCAUCAUUAUUGACGAUAAAACAAGAUUGUCAGUCUAACUGAUCGUGCGUAGCCACCCUAAUCUAACUGAUCGGUUCUGAAGACUUCAGAUUUCAUUCAAUGGUAUUUUCUCUUGAUAGCUUUGUUCAUUAAAGUAAUUGGUAAUAUAAUUGUUAGCGAGCCUGAUGUCUUCAGCAUCGAUGUCCUUGGGGCACGAGAGAGCGACAAGUUGAUGUAGAUCAACAUGAUUUGAGACUCUAUCGUUUAUAAGACGGUCUUAUAACUUCGUUAUUUUUUAUACGAAGCUAUAAUAUAUGUCUUAAUUCUUUUUAAUAAUUAUUGAUAUUAAGAGACAAUAAACGAAAUAAAAGUAAUUAUAUCAAUACUUAAAACAAAUAUGACAGUUAGUAAAAAGUCGAAAGGAAAGUAGGUAGUUAAGUUUUUAAAUUAUAUGCCAUUAAACCUCUUCUUUUUUUAAUUUUAUUUUUUAUUGCAUCAAGCCGUCUUGUACAACGCGAGGGUCGAGGAAAUGGUCGCUAUCUCGUGUCCACUGUAUAAACCGUAACUUAUGGUUAUUAUUGUGCCCCGCUGUAGUUAUAAGAUUUCGAGGCAACAAUGAGACUAUGUAAAUCGUUUAGACUAAUGUUAACUCGAUGAUAAUUUUAUAAGUUGUCGCAUGCCUAAUGGGAAUUGCCUUAUUUUUGUGAUGCUGGCUGUAUUAUCAAAUUAUUCGGAAAAAAUGUUUGACAAUGCCUAAUAUUUUGUAAAUAAUACUGUCAAAUAUCUGAAUCUUAUUAUUGUGUUGCAUUUGAACUAAAUUAUAUCGGAAUCAUAAUUUAUGGACCAAAAUUUAACUUCUAAAAUACCAUAAAAAUUAUAUCUACCGUCAGCUUCACAAAAUGGCCGAGUUCAACGAAAUGUCGAACUCUAUCGAUCUAAACAAAUAACGAAAUAACACAUCGAAGACAUUCCAAUGAAGACUAUUGUUAAAAACAUAUUUUCUUAAAUAAGUUUCAAUAUACAAUGUAAUAACUAGGACUUUCUCCUUAACAACACAAUUUUAUGUGGAUAAUUAUGUACUUACUUGUAGAAUCUCGUUCGCUUUGCCAAACACAAAAAUAAACAUGUUACGUUUCUGUUAACGCAGUCAUAUAUCUGCUUUUGUUUUUGUUUUUGACAAAAGCGACAUCUUAUUUCGUUUCAAAGUUAAGAAAAAUACACUAAGCUGUAUUAAAUUGUAAAAUAAUUAAAUGAAUCCAAUUUUGUCACAUUUCAAUGUAUCCGUUGUUAAUGUGUGGUACUUACAGAGUUGAGAAUACUUAGGCGGCAUAGAAUUGUAUUAUAUAUUUAUUGAACACGUGAAACGGAACGUAAGUAAUGAGACAAAUUCAUCGUAAUGUUUAAGAAUUAUUCCGAUGAAAUAAACAAACUGUAUAAA